AUGCCCAUUGACUAUAGUAAGUGGGAUAAACUUGAACUUAGUGAUGACGACGACUUUGAAUGUCACCCGAAUGUAGAUAAAGCUUCUUUUAUUCGAUGGAAACAAGCGGAUAUUCAUCAAAAACGCGAGGAUAGGCGUAGAAAAAUUGAAGCCCUUAAACUUGAAACCUCAAAUAAUGAGGUAUUACUUGGUCGUAUUAACGAUAUGAUAAAACAAUUACAGGAAGGUGGUGUUGAAACUUUUUUGCAAACAAUUGAAAAUUUACGUGAGAAGAAUAAAAAAAUAGCAAUUGAAGCAAAAAAUAAAGAAGCUUUAGAAAAUGAUCAACCAAAAGAAGGUGAAGGUGAAAAACUUGCUUAUCCAACUUUUGAUCAAAUGAUGAGUGUUUUAUUUGAAAAAAUUCAAGAAGAAGUUAAAUACGAAAGCCCAGAAAUAGUUGGCGAAGGAUUAAUAGAUAAAUUAACUCAACAUCGUGAAAAAUUAAGUAAAAGACAAAAAGAAGCUAAACAAGAAUUGGAUAAAGAAGAAAGAGAUGCUAAAAAGAAGAUUACUAUGGACGAUAUGCACACUGGAUUCGAUAAGUCGUCUGUCAGCAAAGUCGCGAAAUUGGAACCUCCAAAACCCAAACCUAAACAUACCGAAAAGAAAAAAGAGAAAAUUGUUGAAGUGCUGAAUCCCGAAGCUCAAAUGAAAUCACUUGAUACUGAGAAGAGUUUCAAGUUUAUCACAAAACAUCCUGAAGUUGUGUCCCAAGAGAUAGUUGACCAAAUUUUAGCGGAAGCUUUUCAAUCUCAAUUGAAAGGAAAAGCCAAGUAUGCAAAACAGUCUGUACAUCAAGCAUGGCUUUUACAAUAUUGUCAAAAACUUGGAAAAGAUGGUGUUACACUUUUCUUCCGGAGGAUAACUGCACCGAAUCCUCAAGCACGUGAUGUUUUCAUGAAAGAUGUGAAUGAUACAUAUGAUCGUAUUCGUGAACGUUGUCAAAUUAUGGCAACAGAAAAAACACAGAAACCUCAACCUGCUAAGCAAGUAGAACAAAUUCAAAUCGAGGUGACGGAUCCCAACAUGUCACUUAAUGUUCGUAUUCCAGACGAAAAUGCUCCAGAUGAGGAAGGAAAGUCCAGAUAUCAACUUUUUGAAACUUUACCUGUUGAUUUCCAAAGAGCUUUAAAAACCGGCGAAAUAACUAAAAUCAAUAAAGUGUUAGGUGAUAUGAGCGUCGAAAAAGCUGAACAAGUUUUACAAAUUUGUGGCGAAGCAGAUAUUCUCUCAAUUGAACCAGGAAUUAUUGAUACAACACAAGGUGAAGUGGUUCCAGGUCAAGAGCUUGACGGUGAUAAAACUUUGGUAAAUGAUAGGAUGCUUAAUGAUCAAAAAGAGGUCUCAUAG